AUGGACCUCUGGCCACCAAGCUUGGCUGGGAUGUUAAGGAGGGCGAGGGGCACCUUAUCAUCCUGCUGCGCACCAGCGCCAUCCAGGCCGCUGGGGAUGUCAAGGUCCCGGAGGUGGCUGCGGAGGCCAACACGCGGCGACAGGGAGUGGGGACAGCUGUUGGAGCUCGCCGACACGGUGGAUACUGAGGAGGAGUCACUACCCAUCCCCAAGGCUCUGGGGUCGGGUAGCUCGGCCGCUCUGGUGGUCAAGACGCUGGACUACAGUGUCAGUGGUAAAGUGCGUUCACAGGACGUGCCGGUUAUGAUCAAUGCAUGUAGCGAUAACCCGGUGGGGAGGGAUGUCACCUGGGACUAUGUAAAGGCGAACUGGUCGCAAUUCCACGAUCGCUUCUUGACCAGAAACUUUCUGAUGGCGCGCAUUGUGACGGCCAGCGCCGAGGGGUUUUCUUCCGAGACGAGAGCCAAGGAGGUGUUUUGUUUUUUGAGUCCAACGGCACGCCGGCCACGGAACGGACCAUCAAACAGAGCAUCGAGACCAUCCGGGCGCGUGCGGCCUGGUUGGAGCGCGACCGCGAGGACCUUGCAACCUGACUGGUCGCGAAUACAACACUGUGAGGAAGUGGGAACAUGGCUGUUCCCUACACUGCCACCGUUGAUUGUGGAAAAACAAGCGGAUUUGGGGACUAAAAUAGAUGCGCUACUAGAUGUGCAAUUGAGAGGUGAAGAAGAAGACAGAGAACUAUUGAUGUACGAGUUUAAAUGA